AUGGACUAUUUACAAUUUCAAUCUGAACCUUCUGGUAAACAUAAGGGGAAAAAACAUAUAAUAAUAGUAGGUGCAGGUAUAAUUGGAGUUUGUACUGCUUAUUUUUUAACAAAACAUCCAAAAUUUGAUUCAUCAAAAUAUCAUAUAACAAUAAUAGAAAGUAAAAGAGUUGCAGGAGGAGCAAGUGGUAAAGCAGGUGGAUUAUUAGCAUUAUGGGCAUUUCCUGAACAAAUUGUUUCAUUAUCUUUUAAUUUACAUCAAAAAUUAGCAAAUGAAUAUAAUGGUGAAGAAGAAUGGGGAUAUCGUAGAUUAACUACUGUAUCUUUAGAAGGAGAUAUUUCUAAAAUAAAAUCUGAAUCAACUCAACCUAAAAAGCAAAGAAAUACAAGAUCAUCAUCUGUAGUACUGUUACAACAACAACAACAAGAACCUGCAAAAAAAUUACCAUCAAGUUUAAAUUGGAUAAGUUCGGAUGUUAUAACUAAUUGUUCAACUUUAGGAGGAAGUGAUACAACAGCACAAGUUCAUCCUUAUAAAUUUACAAAUUUUAUAUUAAGAAAAGCAGUAGAGAGUGGAGCAAUAGAAUUAAUAUUGGGGAAAGUUGAAGAAAUUACAUAUUCAGAAGAAACUGGUACUGCUACAGGAGUUAAAUAUCAACCAACAUCAAUAAAAGAUGGAGAUAAAUAUGAUGAACAAAUUGAAUUAAAAGCUGAUCAAACAGUACUAACUGUGGGACCAUGGACUUCCAAAAUAUUACCAGAUUGUCCAAUUUCAGGUCUACGUGCACAUUCAAUAACUAUAGCUCCUUUUAAAGAUCAACCAGUUAGUCCUUACGCGAUUUUCACAGAAUUUAAAGUUGGUCCCAAUUCAUAUAUAUCACCAGAAAUUUAUGCAAGACAAGAUGAAGUUUAUGUAUGUGGAGAAGGAGAUUCUGCAGUUGAUGUACCAGAAACUACAGAUGAUGUUGAAGUUGUUCGAUCUAAAUGUGAUGAAUUAUAUAAACAAGUUAGUAAAAUAUCUCCUAAUUUGGCAAAAGGUCAUAUAUUAAGACGUCAAGCUUGUUAUUUACCAGUUUUGGAUGUACCUUCAUCAAGUGGACCAUUAAUUGGUGAAACAAAUGUACAGGAAAAAUAA